AUGCCAGAAAUACCGCCGGAGCUGCUGGAGGACGGCGCCGCCCCGGAGCGGGACGCCGCGGGGCGCACGCGCCCAGAGAUGCUGCUCGAGCUGACCUUGCCGCCCCAGGCCGAGGACGUGGCCGCCGCGGGCGCCGUGGCCUUCACGCACAGCCCCCUGUCCAAGCCGAUGCCCGCCGUCUGGCUGGACAGAAGGGACAGCCGCGAGCCCUCGGACCCGGAGAAGCAGCCGCCGCCGCUGCCCGUGCGCAAGGCCUCUAAGUACAGCGGCUCGAAGCAUGGCAGGGACGUUGGCGCGGGCUUCCAGAAGCGCCUGGGGAUGCUGCUGGCCACUAAGGACGGCGCAGACCGGCUGGCCAGGAGGUUGUACCCGCGCUUCGGGGGCAGGCCCGAUCAGCUCGUGGCCGUCACGGGCCUCCUCGAGGACGGGGACCGAUGGGGCUUUCCCGCCAGGCUGCUCCCCUUGCUGUGGACGCAGCUGCGCCGGGCCGCGUUCCGCCGGCGCGGCGCGUGCGCCCAGUUGUGCCGUGUGGGGGACCAACAGGCGCCGGAGCACGUCGAGGAGGACAGAGGAGUGGGUCGAGGCCUUCCUCAGGUGGCUGGAGGUGCUCCGCUCGCGGUGCGGGCCCGUCCAGAUCACGCGCAAGUUGCUGGUGCGAAGCCGCAGGGAGAGCGGCGGCGCGGAGGAUUACUUCUGCGGUCCCAAGCUGGGCGAGGGGGCCUACGGAGAUCGGUGCGCCUCAUGUUUCACAAGGCCCUCGGCGUCCAGCGCGCGGUGAAGCUGAUCGACGCGGAGAGGCUCGCCGUGCCCAUGGAGAAGGUGAUGGCGGAGGUCAACGUGCUCAAGGCGCUGGACCACCCGCACAUAGUCCGCAUCUACGAGACCUUCGAGAGGCAGCGGGUCCUCCACAUCGUUCAGGACUUUGCGGAAGGCGGCGACCUGGCGGCGCUGCUGCGCGAGAAGGGGCCGCUCCACGAGCCGUGGGUCUGCGAGGCGGCGCAGCAGAUGUCUUCGGCGCUGGAGUACAUCCAUUCCAACGGGGUCAUCCACUGCGACCUGAAACCAGCGAACACGAUGAUCCUCAGGUCUGCGGACCCCAACAGGGGCGACCUCCCCCACGUGCUGCUGGUUGACUUCGGCAUUUCGGAGAUGAUGCGGGAUCGCACUAUGGACGGCGGCGGGCCGCUCAAGAUACGCGGCACACCGCUGUACCUCUCGCCCGAGGGUUUCCAGGGCGACCUAACAGAGAAGUGCGAUAUGUGGUCGCUCGGGGUCAUGAUACAAGAGGAUUAUGCUGGUCGGGCGCAGGCCCUUCGACGGGGACGGCGGCAACGUGGUGGUGCUGUGGUGCCGCGUGGCGCAGAGCGAGCCGCCGCUGGAGGAGCUGACGCCGUUGGCGCAGGAGAGGUCGCGCGCGGCCUGCUGGAGAAGGACCCCAUCGCCAGGCUGACCGCGCAGGAGUGCUGCCGGCAGGAAUGGUUCACCCAGAACAAGCACCACCGCUCCUCAUCCCGCAUGGAGCGUAAGAGCACGGAGCCAGCCAUGGAGGCCAUCAAGAGUUUUCAGCAUAGAGGUUACUUCCACCGAGUCUCCAUGUUUGCCGUUGCCGCGGGCGUCAGCAUGCACGAGAUGGAGGACCUGUUCAAGGAGACGCAGCAGUGGUCCUUCACGUUCAGAGCCUAUGCUGGAGCGUUCGACGCAUCGUGCAGGGAGGUUCUGGACUUCGCGGCGAGACGGACAGAUGAGGACCAGCCCAUCAGCAACAUCACGGUGGAGCCUCAUAAGAGGAGGCUGUCGGCACAGAUCUUCUAUGCGCUGGCGUUCACCUGCCGAGGGCGAGCGCUGUCAGUGGUGCAGCGUGUGCCUGGGGGCUGGGGCAUCGAGGCAUGGAGGCAGCUAUGCAUCGAGUUCGAGCCGGAGCUCCCGAGUCGCUUCCAGGGCAUGCUGCAGCAGCUACUGGACCCUGUGCGUGGCUCAGACGCCGUCGAGAACAUCUAUGCGUGGGGGCGGAAUCUGAAGCAGUAUGAGGAGCAGUCGGGUGACACCAUGACCGACACGAUCAAGCUAGCGACGCUCAACAGCAAGCUCCUGGAGGGCAACCUGAGGACCCACCUCAACCUGCAGGCGGGACGCCUGCAGACGUUCGAAGCGGCCAGGAACGAGGCGAUCUCGUACCUGCGCUCGACCGCCAGGCAGGAGCAGGAGCCCGUGCCCAUGGACCUGAGCCCAGUGACGGGAGAGCUGUACCCUAUGACGCGGGGCGGCAAAGGCAAGGGCAAUGGCACGGACAAGUCAGGCAAAGGAAAGGACCACGACGGCAAAGGUAAGAACAAGAGGGUCUGCUUCUAUUGCGCCAAGCCGAACCACGCGAAGCAAGAGUGCAGGGCGCUCGCGACGGACCGCGCGAACAAGGACAUCAAACCAGACAGGGCAGGGCGAUACAUGGGAAAGCCAGUCGACAAAGUCACUGGCAAGCGUGCGGGCGCCGAGAAGAGAGACAUGGCAGCGCUGACAGCGCUGUCAGAUGACGACUACUACGAUGAGGCAGACGGUUUCGUCUUUGCCCUUGCUGACGAGGUGAUCGUGGUGGGGGACUGCUGCGCGCUCGAGGGUGACGAGUUCGACCUCCUCUUCGACGCGCGCGCGGCGAAGAGCGUCUGUCCACCGACAUGGGCCCCGGAGGUCGCUGUCGAGGAGUGCCGCGGCACGGCGCUGUACCAGGCGGACGGCAACGAGGUCGCAUUCCACGGCAGGAAGGAGGUGGGCAUGGUGGACCAGAGCUCGGGCGAGCAGUUGACGGUGAACUUCGAGGCGAAAGGACUGCGGAAGCUGAUCAUGGUGGCGAGCUCGGCAGUCGACGCGGGCUACAGAGUGUGGCUGUACGAUGGAGGGAGCUACGUCGCGAUGCCCAAGCACGCGAAGGAGUUGGCGACGGUCGCGAGAGACAGCGUCGGCAAGAACAGGUCCGUCUGGUUGAGGCGGAAGAACAGCAUCUUCGUCAUCCCAGCUCGGCGGUGCUCGAGCAGCGGCGAGCUGUGCGCGGCGACGGAGAAGGGCGAGGAGCCGAAAAAGCGCGCGAGGUUCAGCGACGACCUCGAGGAGAGCGAGAACGCCAGGCCCGCGCUCACCAUAGCGCUUGCGCCUUGGCCGAGCGCGGAGGAGAAGGCUAGGCACGUGCUGACCCGCUGCCCGCACCUCGACCGGCGCAGGUACUGCUCGACGGGCCAGGCGACCGAGCGCCCCUGCGAGAGCCAGUCCAAGGAGUCGACGGUGGUGGCGAAGAAGGGGGUCGAUGACGUUGCAGUCGAGUUCGUGCUCUUCUACCUCGAGGCGCGGGGGGCUGGCGAGGUCGUGCCGAGGGCAGACCAGGGGCCAGCCGUCCAGGCGCUGCUUGCGGGGCCACGCCGGCGCCGAGUCGAGCACCGCCUCACUGCGAUCGAGAAGUCCACGAAGAACGACAGCAAGGCGAACGGCGGCAUCGAGGUGGCGGUGCGCAGGGUGGAGUCGCUCACUCGCGCCUACGUUGCCGUCAACGAGGUCAAGUACAAGACCGAGGUGACGAGCCAGUCGGUGAUCCUCCCGUGGCUGGUCAGUGAGGGGUUCACGCUGCCUCUCGCCGGCGUGGGCGAGACGGUGGACUUCAAGCUGAUUCGUAGGGGCCGGCGGAGGUGCAUCACUCGUGCCCUGAUCCAGGAGCACGGUGAGGGCCCUGAUUGCACGGCCUGCCUGGGGCUGUCCAGCAUGCGCGCGAUCGCCCGCAGGGCUCGCUUCGAGGAGAUCUCCAGGAAGCAGGCUGAGCAGCUGAUCCAGACACGGCGGGCGAGCGGCGCAGGCAGCGCCGAGGCCCCGACCCCAGGGCCUCCAGGAGGAGACCCAGGACCCCAGAGCCAGCCAGGACAGCCACAGGCCAUCGGCGCACCACCAGGGCUGGAGUUGCCUGCGGCCAGCGGUCCGCAGCGCGAAGGUGAUUCAGUCCACGACGGAGAGCCAGGGGGGAAGAGGCCAGUCAUCGACGUGGCCCCUUCUGCGCCCAUGGGCACCGACCCAGAGGCCGAGGCCGCGACCCUCGGCGCGCUCUGCGAAGAGGAGGCCCCCGCCCCGACCUUCGACGAGAAGCCGUUUGCGGGCGGCUUCCACGACCAGUGCACUGGGGAGGUCUUCCCGAAGGAGCUGGUGCUGGAGGGCGUGAAGCGCGAGCUCGACGAGAUGGAGGAGUUCGAUGUGACGGUCUGGAAGAAGCGCAGCGAGAAGCCACCAGGGGCGCCUUCGACGUGGGCGCUGAAGCUGGUGAUCUCGAGGUUGGCGUCGCGCGGAGAGUCAAGGCAGCUGGCGUCGCACGACAUCUCGGCGGCAUUCUUCCAUGCGCAGCUGACGGAGGCAGUCUGGGCCGAGCCGCCGACGGAGCUGAACUGCCCAGACUGGCUCUGGCUCGCGAGCAAGGCACUGCGCGGGGCGAGGGAGUCGAGCGCUGACUUCCAAGAGCCAGUGCGGGACACGCACCGAGAGCACGGCUGGAACGUCCUGUCGACGGAGCCUUGCUUGGCGCAUCGCGGCGAGUGGGACUGCUCGUCGGGGUUCUACGGCGAUGACUACGCCGAGGGCGAGCCGCAGCAGCUGGACAAGGUCGACGCCAUGACCACGGGGAGCUUCAAGGCCAAGCUCUUCCCAAGGGUUGGGCCAGCAGCUGAGGGCAAGGGUCUGGCCCUACGACGACUUCUAAUGUGGGGCCCGAGCGGGUUCAUGCUGCUGCCUGACCCGAAGCACUUCGAGAACCUGAGCACGCUGCUGGACCUGAAGGGUGCGAAGCCGUCCCCGGCGCCUGCCAGCAGAGCGACAGGCAAGAGCGCACGAGACGCACUUGAGGAGCUGAAGCGGGCCGAGAAGGCGAUCUACUGCAGGGGGCUGGCGCGCUACCUGGCUGGGACGUACGACGUUGGCAUCGAGUUCCUCUACCUGGCGCCCUGGGGCGACAUCGUGGAGCACGCCGGCGGCGACUGGAGUGGCGACGUCCAGACGUGCAAGAGCACGUCGGCAGGUGCGAACCAGGCGCUGGGGGAGAAGCAGUUCGAGAUCGAGCGGGUUGAUGGCAAGAAGAAUCCGAGUGAUGCAGGGGCGGAGGCGCUCGACCAGGAGGCGCUGCAGGCCUGCGUGGUGAACCUCGGGAUCGCGAGCAGGACCGGCUGCCUGACCAGGGAGCAGUUCGCGAGGGGCUUGCAGUGCACGGAGCAGCUCACAAGUGGCCUGCAGGAGCUGGGUAUCCAGGAGGACCCCGACGAGCUCAUGGCCGUGCUCGACAUGGACCAGAACGGGCUCAUCUCGUGCUCCCCGCCCAGCUUUCUGGCCGGGGUGCUCGGCUCCGAGGAGGAGCGGCUGUCCGACGUGCAAAUGCGCGAGGCGCGCUGCCCGUAG